CGAGAUUACCGUCAGGAAAAUGGUUCUUAUCCAUAGCUGUCUUAGGAAUUGAAGCCCAUCAAAGCAGGAAGUGAGGUGAGCUUUGUUUUUCAGCAGAACAUACUUUACUCGAGUAAUUUGGCUUUUAACUAAUAUCCUGCAGCCAUGGGGCGAUUUCAUGUUUUUACCAUGCUUGUUAUCAUGGAGCUUGCUUAUCAUCAUAAUGGUGAUUAACGGUUCUCAGGCAGUGACUUCAGUUCAUACCUCGUCUGGCGAUCAAUCAGGGGUUCUCCAAUCCCAGCAUACAUGACUUUGUAGCCUCUACAUUGCAGGAAGGCCAGGAGGGAAUGGAAAGGAGCCCAUUAUUGGUUACCCUGUUAGGUAGUGAAUGGAGAUCAUCAAUCGAUGGAGACUUGUCAACUGUCAACAGAGAAUUAGCAAUACAGUUGGCUAAACAUCCCAGUGUGCAAGUUAGUGUGUUUCUCCCUCAGUGCAGUGAAUAUGACAAGAGAAUUGCUGCUAGUCACAAGGUGCAGCUCAUUGAAGCAGAGAAAAUGACAGGUGUUGAUCCAGUUGAUUGGCUGAUCAAUAUACCACAACACCAUGCGAUGGACUUUAUUAUUGGACAUGGAGUACAUCUUGGUCGACAAAUACAACUCAUCCAACGGAAUCAUAAGUGUAAGUGGAUUCAGAUUGUUCAUACCGCUCCCAGAGAUGAGAAGAUGCAGCAAACAGAGAUAGAACUUUGUGAGUUGGCAGAUCAAGUUGUAGCGGUGGGACCAAAGCUGGUAGACAGUUACAGGCGAUUUCUUUGCUCUAGUGCAAAACACCAGGAUAUUAUUGAUCUCACCCCAAGUAUUUUCACUGAAUUUAAGGAUGUGAAGCAAGCCACUGAAGAAAAAAAGUUUUCAUUUUGUGUUCUAGUUAUUGGGAGUGGGGAUAGUGAAGAUUUUAAUCUGAAAGGAUAUGACCUUGCUGCUGAAGCAAUUGCCCAGUUGGAAGACAAAUCCUACCAACUAAAUUUGGUCUGUGCACCAAGAGAAAAAAGAGAUGAACUAGAGGAAAAGCUUCUCAAGCAUGGAAUUGACAGCAGUCAACUAACUAUUCACAGUUUUAACGAAAGCAGAGAAACACUAGCCAGAUUAUUCUGCAUGGUUGAUCUGGCAAUCAUGCCAUCAAGGAGUGAGGGCUUUGGAUUGAAAGCCCUUGAGGCAUUAUCUGCUGGUCUGCCUGUACUAGUAAGCAGUAACUCAGGCCUUGGAGAAGCUCUCAAGCAAGUGGCUUAUGGCUCAAACUGUGUAGUAGAUUCAGAGGAUCCUAAACAUUGGGCCAGCGAAAUCAAGAAGAUCCGUGAAAAAGGCAGGGAUCUUCGACUUGACGAGUCUGAUUCUCUUCGCAAAAAGUAUUUGGAGAAGUACAGCUGGCAGGAACCUUGUGAUGUUCUGGUGGAAAAGAUGCAGAACCUUGUAACUGCUUUGAAAUUAAGGAUUGAUGUGGAAAAGGUGAAAUCUGCAGAACAGAACACACAGGGUAGAACUCCUGUUUCAGCAAUAGAAUCAGGAGGAUCUCAAGAUGGUGAACACCUGGAGGCAUUUGCUGCAUCUGUGCCAUCUGGGCAUACACAACCAGAAAGUGAAGUUCCCCAAGCAUUUACAGAAAAAGUGCUGUGUUUGAUUGCUUCCCGUUACGUGGAGGGCACUUCGCCCAGCAGCGAGGAUGAUUUUGAUCGCUUUAUGGCAUACAUGGAAAAAAUGCGAGUCAUUAUCACAGGUGUUGGUGUAGGAAGUUUGCUGAUAACAGUGAAGUGCGAUUCACUCCAGAUCCUGGAUAGAUUGUGGGAAGAUUAUUUAUGUGGCCAUCUUGGUGAAGUGGUUCAAAGAUGUUUUGUUACAGAAGAGAUUUUGACAGAACUGAACCUUGCAGAAUUGAAGCUUAAAACAACAAUGUCUGAGGAGGAAUAUAAAGCAUGUAAAGAAUACUUUGAGAAAGAUCCAGCAAGAGGAAACAUGGCUUUGACAAGAAACGUGCAGAGCAUGGCAAUUCCACUCUGUCUACCUAACAACUGCCAGUGGAGUGCAGCAACGGGCGAGUACAUUAAAACAGGAGAAAGGCGUUCUUCGCUUUAUGUCGUUGAUGAAGCACUUCAGAAACUUCGCACUGUCAGAGGUCCGGUGUGUGUGGUAUCAAUUGCUGGACCGUACAGAAAAGGAAAAUCCUACAUUUUAAGCGAGGCUUUUGACCAACCAGAAGUUUUCCCUCUGGGACAUCAGAUGAAUCCAGAAACCAUGGGAAUCUGGAUGUGGGUUGUGCCACAGAAAUUUCGAGACGCCAACGGCCAGGAGUGUACUCUGAUUUUACUGGAUUCAGAGGGCAUUGAUACCAUGACAGGAGGUUUAGACGACAAUCAAAUCUUCACACUCACUGUUUUGCUGGCCUCUGUGUUGAUUUACAAUUCAGCAGGAGUUCCCACAAGACACGAUCUUAGUGGAUUGGAUUUUAUUGUAAAGUUAUCUCAGCGGAUAAAGGUUCGUACGAGCAAUGGAGGAGGGAGUAUGCGUGGUCGGCAAGAAGACACAGAGUUCUUCCAUAGAACCUUUCCAGUCUUUAUCUGGCUUUUCAGGGAUGUAACCCAACUCGUUCCACCUAACUGCAAGGACGUCAAGGAGUACAUCUUGACAAGGGUGUUUAAAGAUCAAGGUUCGUCACGCGUGGAUCAGGACCAGGAAGUAGCUGAAAGCAUUUUGCGUUUCUUUCCUGGCUUUCUUGCUGCUAAACUUCCUCCACCCACAAGUGAUCCAGAAGUGCUCAUAAACAUCAACAGGAACAAAAGUCAGAUGAAUCCAGAUUUUCUCUCUGAAAUAGAGAAAUUCAAGGAAUCACUGCGAACCACACUGAUUCCUAAACACAGCUUUAACGAUGGAGAAAUGGUCACCGGUGAAGGCCUGGCUGCCUUGGUUCAGCUGUAUGUGAAAGCUAUCAACACUCCCGGUGUGAUUCCUAAUGUCGAGACAGCUUGGAAAACGUUUGUAGUGACAAAAUGUUCUGAGGCUAUGAACGCCGCGCUCGAGGCUUAUGACGUCAUCAUGACGUCAAGGCUAGCAGGUCAGCUGCCUUGUGAUAACGAGGAAAUUCGAAACAGUCAUAAUGCUGUCCUUGAGCAAGGUAUUGCUCAACUGGAGGCGGAGACAAUGUGGAUAUCUGCUGAUACAACUCAAAAGUAUCUGAGAGAACUGACGGUAAGGAGCGACAAGCGAGACAAAAAUAUUCUGCAUCGUGUCACAGAAGAGAAAUACCCCCCAAAACCAUAGUAAGGUUUAUGUGUAAUAUUUGCUCUUCUGUACAUGCUUAUCGUAAAUUAGUUCCACACUUUACUCAGAAUUGUAAAGUUAUCAUAAUCUAUAGGAAAUGUCACAAGAAAACAAUGUAUGAAUCUUCAAUGUAGGAUAAUUACAAAUUCAUAAAUGUUGACUUAGAAAGGAACUUCUCUCUAAUAGUUUACUUAUAGUCCGGCAUUUCGUAAUUUAUUCAUAUUACCUGUUCUCAGAUGUGAAGUAGCGUAUUGUCAACCAACACCAUUAUUUACCUAUAUCUAGAGCAAUUUCCUCGAACUUAUCUUAAACAGAAGAUCUAAACGUUCUUUUUUUAGCAAUUUCCUCUACGGAUGUUGGUACUGAUAAGACUUGACUUAGUUGAUUUUGCUGUAAACCUUAAAGUUCACCUGCAAUUAUUAUCACACCGUAAGCAAGCACGUACUGUAUACUACUUGAUUUUCCACGAGAUACCUUGAUCUACCUUGAUUUACCCUGAAUUACCUUCGACCUAUGUACUACGAGGUUUAAUCUACAAUAAAGAAGACAAGAGAGUUCCAGAUCUGUGAGAGUUCUUGCUGAUUUACUGUCCCGCUGACGAGAGACAACGGCCCCGCACCUUUGGUAUUGAGUAACGGGUGCCAUGCGGCGAGCGUGUGCUCUUCCGAGCAUUCCCCGCCAAGACAAGUCCGUCCACCGUUUUUCCUGCAUUCCACAACACUCAAGCUGAUAGUUCAUAUCCCUCUGUAACCGCGCAGUUCCGCACGGAAAACCCUUCGUUACAACCGAAUGACUAGUAAUUUAACAGGAUCGCAGAUUAAACGGUUGAAAACUACAGCAUAUAUUACGUUACUAACAAAUGACGACAUUUGAAAGCUUUUUAAGCGUCCCUUGCUUAAUUCUGCAUCACAUGCGAUUCAGGAAAAUGGCCCGGAAUCAGCUUUUGCUUUAAGAAACUGUUAUACUGAUACUUGGUUUGCUCUUAAGUUGCACUAAGUAACCACUGAUAUAGAUCGAGAUUGAUGUUGCCUUUAGCCGACGCAGGAAGCCUUAACCCUUCUCCUCAGUUGCUAACAUAAAGGAACAAGAUGACAAAUAAAAUCAGCUCUAACACUCAAAACGUCAGCUUUUCAUAUGUACGGCGGCUGUCAUAACUAGCAUAAGUUAAAGUGUACAGUUUUCUGUGGACAGUUUUCUGUUGAUGAGCUUUGGCAUAUUUUUUCAGUUGUUCAAAACAUUUACUGAAUUUACAUUCUUUUAUUAUAUUUUGAAUUACAUGAAUUGAAAAGGAUAU